AUGUUCGUCCUUCGUUACCUGCAUCUUGUCCUGAGUGACAUCAUCACCCCAUCGUGCUUACAUCGCUUCCUACUGGAGUUCUUAGGGUCCACCCUCUUCCUGUCUGUCAGCCUAUCAGCUGUCGUGAUGCAGCCGUCCCACUCAAGCCACCUGCCAGCAGGUGUGCACCAGUCUGGACCUGUCUCACCUGUGUGCCCGCUGCAUGUGGUGCUGGUCUUUGGUGUCUCUGUUGCUAUGGCAGCCAUUUGUGUGGGAGGGGGUGCUCACCUGAAUCCAGCGAUUACCCUAGCAAUGGCCCUGACCUCAAGGCUUCGGCUCUGGAGAGCGGUGUUGUAUGUGAUUGGUCAGCUCUUGGGGGGUGUGGCCUCUGCAGCGCUGUUGCUGGGACUGACUGGAGAUGUCACACGUGCACUCAACCAGCUCCACCAGGCGUUUGCCGUGGAAACACUGGUAACCCUGCAGGUAGUCCUGGUCGUCAUGGUGACCACUGAUGCCCCCCUGCCGGAUGUGGUGCCUCCGCUGUUAGUGGGCCUAGCCAUCAGUUUGGGGCACCUGGUGGCUGUAAGUGUGACAGGUUGUGGGAUGAAUCCAGCUCGCUCCUUUGGUCCGGCGGUCAUCACACUCAACUUCAACAACCACUGGGUUUUCUGGGUGGGGCCUAGUUUGGGGGCGUGUCUUGCUGCUUUCCUGAAUGACCUGUUGCUACGGCCUCGCUGGCAUCGCCCUGGAGACUGGUGGGUGGAGCUAAAGCAGCUGUAUGUGUUAACAGAGAAACAACAGCAGGUGGCAUCUCACUUACCGUAA